AUGCGGAGUCUUUGCUGCUCCCAGCUUUUGCUGCUGCUUCUGCUGCUGAGAGGUGCUGAAAACACUGCAGCUCAAAAAGCCUGUGGCCGACCCAUAGUACACUCCCCUCGGAUCGUUGGGGGGCAGAAGGCUGAGGAAGGUGAAUGGCCAUGGCAGGUCAGCAUACGAGAAAACAGGCUACAUGUGUGUGGUGGAAGCCUCAUCUCACCCCAGUGGGUGUUGACAGCUGCUCAUUGUUUUGAAGGGUCGCUGAAUCCAUUUCGGUACCGAAUUCACCUGGGAGAAUAUGAGCUCCCCAAACCAGCACACACCAUGGUCCCAGCUGCUGUCAGCCAGAUCAUAGUGCACCCGUAUUAUGCUGGAGAUGGGCUCAGCGCUGACAUUGCACUGGUACGGCUGGAGGAGCCGGUGAAUUUCUCUCGGACCAUUUUGCCCAUCUGCCUGCCCAAUGCUUCAGACCCUGAUGCUUUCCCUGUGGGGAUGUCGUGCUGGGUCACUGGCUGGGGUGACCUCUACCCAGAAGCCCCCUUCCUCACUCGGAUCCUGCAGGAGCUGGAGGUGCCAAUCCUAGACGUUGACAAGUGUGACCAAAUGUACCACAAUGACUCCAGUUCUGACACUGACACUGUGCCAAAGGGCUACAAGCUGAUCUAUGAUGAUAUGAUCUGCGCUGGGUACCCAGAAGGAAAGAAGGACUCUUGCCAGGGUGACUCUGGGGGGCCUCUGUCCUGCAAGCUGAAUGACACUUGGUUCCUGGCUGGAGUGGUGAGCUUUGGGUUGGGUUGUUCGCAGCCCAACCGUCCUGGAGUCCACACCCGGGUCACCUCCUACAUGGACUGGAUUCAACGCACCAUGGAAAAGAACACCUCCUCCAGUGGUGGUUCCCGUCUCUCAAGUGCCAACUCUGCUCUCCUCUUGACUCUCCUUCUCCUGGGCCCUUUUGCCCUGCUGAGGCACUGCUGUUCCACUACCAGCUGGAGGUGCAAUUAAAAAUGGAGGUUCCACACAGCACUUAAUAUCAUAUUAUAUUCUCCCACUUAAACAUUGCAUUGCCUGGGCCCAAAGGCAAGCCCAUAAGGAUGCUCACUCGCCCCCAUUCAGUACCAGUUCUUAAGAGGGCACACUUAAAAUUGCAGCAUGGUAUUGCUUUAUCUAAAUAAUUAAAACCAUCUGCCCCACUCCUCUCCAAUGCAAAACCCGCUCUUUUAACGAUAGAUCAGAACAAAUGGCAAUUUGGGUUAAACCCGAAUUGCUGUUUGCUCCAAUUAAGUACUAAAGAGUGGCUUUACCUGGGAGGAAACAGUGGGACAAAAGGAAGUGUUGAUAAGCUCUGAGAUGGGAAACAUGUAAAAGCUACACAACACCUAUUUUAA